AUGGAGUCUCCAGCAAGCACCCAAUGGCGCUCCCAUCGCCUCUCAAUCUGCCUUCGCUCCGUCGCGCUGGUCGCCUCCCUAGCCGGCGUUAUAGCCUUUGCAUACUCCCAAGACCUCCACGACCGGGGCAUAGUCCUAACCGAAGACUUGGGUCACCACCUUAUCAGCCCAGCUACUGGAACGAUCGAGUACUCCUUUAUCUGGACCCUCAUCAUCCUCUCCAUCGAACUUUCCACCCCGCUCGACCUCCACCCCGGUCUCUACGUCGCAUUCGACUUCAUUGCCUGGGCCGCCGUCACAGUCGGCCUUUGUCUGUACCUCGCAAUCAUGCAGCCAUAUUAUACGGGCGAUGGGUAUACCUGUGGUCGGGGCUACCGGUGUAAUGGGAAGCGGGUUGCUAAUGUCGAGCACUUUGGCACUGCGAUGGGAUUUCUGGCUGUUCUUAUCCACUUUGGAUUUUUCGUCUGGGCAUGUCGAGCUACUGAUAGGUUGCGGAAGAGUCGGCGCGUGUCGAAGAAGGCGGCGUUUGUUAGUGCUGCUGUUUGA